AUGGCGUCAAACACCAUGGCUGGUGGCCUUGUGGCUGGUUCUCAUGCACGCAACCAACUCCAUGUUUUGCAUGGCGUUGAUGAAGAGCGUCGACCUCCAACACGUGAAUCUACUACAACCGACAAAAUAUGCCGGAUUUGUGGAGACGAGAUCGGAUUUAAGGACAAUGGUUUGCUGUUUGUGGCAUGUUAUGAGUGUGGAUAUCCAGUUUGCAAGGCUUGUUAUGAGUACGAGAGAAGUGAGGGCAACAAGAGUUGCCCUCAGUGCCACACUCGAUACAAGCGUCACAAAGGUUGUCUUAGAGUUGUAGGGGAUGAAGAAGCUAAUUAUGACGAGGAUCUUGAAGAUGAAUUUCGGCUCAACAAGGGACAAAGGGACUAUAAUCAGAAUCAAAAUCAUACCAAUGGCGCUGCCAUUCCUUCUGUUACAGCAAGUGUUGAAGGAAAGGAUUUUGAAGGUGAAAAAGAAAAUUACAACAAUGAAGAAUGGAAGGAAAGGGUGGAAAAAUGGAAAACUAGGCAAGAGAAGAGAGGACUUGUUACAAAAGCAGAUGAUGGAGGAAAUGAUCAAGAUGAUGAUGAUGAUUAUAUUAACGCUGAAGCUCGGCAGCCACUCUGGCGAAAAGUCCCGAUUCCUUCAAGCCUAAUCAAUCCCUAUCGCAUAGUCAUUGUCAUUCGUUUAGUCAUCCUAUGUUUCUUUUUCCAUUUUAGAAUCUUAACCCCGGCAUAUGAUGCUUAUCCCUUAUGGAUUAUCUCUGUGAUAUGUGAAAUAUGGUUCGGCUUAUCCUGGAUACUUGAUCAGUUUCCCAAAUGGUUUCCCAUAAACCGCGAAACUUAUCUAGAUCGUUUGUCCUUGAGGUUUGAGCGAGAGGGUGAGCCUAACCGGCUUCUCCCCGUUGAUGUCUUUGUCAGUACUGUCGACCCUCUUAAGGAACCUCCCAUUAUUACUGCAAACACGGUCCUUUCAAUCUUGGCUGUAGAUUAUCCAGUUGAGAAAGUGACUUGCUAUGUGUCGGAUGAUGGAGCCUCGAUGCUUCUGUUUGAUGCAUUGGCUGAAACAGCUGAGUUUGCGAGGAGGUGGGUGCCAUUUUGCCAAAAAUACAGCAUUGAACCUCGGGCUCCAGAGUACUACUUCUUUGAGAAAAUUGACUACCUAAAAGAUAAGGUUCAGCCUACUUUCGUGAAGGAUCGUAGGGCCAUGAAGAGAGAAUAUGAAGAGUUCAAAGUAAGAAUUAAUGCGUUGGUGGCAAAAGCACAAAAGAAACCAGAAGAAGGAUGGGUAAUGCAGGAUGGGACUCCAUGGCCUGGGAACAACACUCGUGAUCACCCAGGAAUGAUUCAGGUGUAUUUGGGAAGUGAAGGUGCACUCGAUGUUGAAGGUAAGGAGCUGCCAAGACUAGUUUAUGUUUCACGUGAAAAGCGACCUGGCUAUCAGCACCAUAAGAAAGCCGGUGCCAUGAAUGCACUGGUUCGAGUUUCUGCAGUACUUACUAAUGCACCCUUCAUGUUGAAUCUGGAUUGUGAUCAUUACAUCAACAACAGCAAGGCUAUGAAGGAAGCAAUGUGCUUUCUUAUGGAUCCCCAAAUUGGGAAGAAGCUGUGCUAUGUCCAAUUUCCACAGAGAUUUGAUGGUAUUGAUCGUCAUGACAGAUAUGCAAAUCGCAAUGUUGUAUUCUUUGAUAUCAACAUGAAAGGCCUAGAUGGUAUCCAAGGACCUGUUUAUGUUGGCACUGGGUGUGUUUUCAACAGGCAGGCAUUGUACGGCUAUGAUCCACCUACGUCUGAGAAGCGGCCAAAAAUGACUUGUGACUGCUGGCCAAAGUGGUGCUGCUGCUGUUGUGGUGGCUCUAGGAAGAAGUCGAAGGGUAAGAAAAAAGGAUUUAAGGCUAUGCUUGGCCUUGGAGGACUAUAUAGUAAGAAGAAAAUGAUGGGCAAACAGUACUCCCGGAGAUCGUCAGGACCAGCAUUUGAUCUUGAAGAGAUUGAAGAAGGUCUUGAAGGAUAUGAUGAGUUGGAAAAAUCAUCACUCAUGUCCCAAAAGAAUUUUGAGAAACGGUUUGGAAUGUCACCAGUUUUCAUUACUUCCACUCUCAUGGAAGAUGGUGGCCUCCCUGAGGGAACAAACCCCGGUUCUCUUAUCAAAGAAGCCAUUCACGUUAUUAGUUGUGGAUAUGAAGAGAAAACGGAAUGGGGCAAAGAGAUUGGAUGGAUUUAUGGUUCAGUUACAGAAGAUAUUUUGACAGGCUUCAAGAUGCAUUGUAGAGGAUGGCGGUCUAUUUACUGCUCACCCAAGCGACCUUGUUUCAAGGGAUCAGCUCCAAUCAAUCUGUCAGAUAGGUUGCACCAAGUCCUGAGAUGGGCUCUUGGUUCUGUCGAAAUCUUCCUCAGUCGUCAUUGUCCACUUUGGUAUGGAUAUGGAGGAAAGCUAAAAUUGUUAGAGAGACUUGCUUAUAUUAACACCAUCGUGUAUCCGUUCACUUCCAUUGCUCUGAUAGCCUAUUGCACACUUCCGGCUGUGUGUCUUCUUACUGGAAAAUUCAUUGUUCCAACUCUAAACAACCUGGCAAGCAUAUGGUUUAUGGCUCUUUUCCUCUCCAUCAUAGUGACAGGCGUGCUUGAGCUCCGAUGGAGUGGGGUAAGCAUUGAGGACUGGUGGCGCAAUGAGCAAUUCUGGGUCAUCGGUGGCGUUUCAGCACAUCUCUUUGCAGUCUUCCAAGGUCUUCUCAAGGUCCUCGCCGGAGUUGACACAAACUUCACUGUAACAGCAAAAGCUGCUGAUGAUGCAGAGUUUGGAGAGCUCUACCUCUUCAAAUGGACAACUCUUCUCAUUCCACCAACCACGCUGAUUAUCCUAAAUAUGGUUGGUGUUGUAGCAGGAAUUUCUGAUGCUAUUAACAAUGGAUAUGGUUCGUGGGGUCCUCUCUUUGGAAAGCUAUUUUUUGCUUUCUGGGUUAUUGUUCACCUCUAUCCUUUCCUCAAGGGGUUGAUGGGAAGGCAAAACAGGACUCCUACAAUUGUGGUUCUGUGGUCAAUUCUACUGGCUUCAAUCUUUUCACUUGUUUGGGUUCGAAUUGAUCCCUUCUUGCCCAAACAAACUGGCCCUAUACUGAAACAAUGUGGAGUGGAAUGCUAA